CGCAAUGUGUUAUUUGGCCUUCCUCUUUUUCGCUUCCCUUCAGGAUUCCAAGUUAGGGCUUGCCUCGUGAUGCAGUUUGACGAUUUGCGUAAUGUAUGGCCUAUCCAUUUCCAUCGUCUUUACCUAAUUUCUUCUUCAGCUGGAAGUUGGUUUGUUCUCUCCCACAGAAGGCUAUUGCUGAUGGUAUCCGGCCAAUGGAUGUUGAGUAUCUUGCGUAGACAGCUAUUUAUAAAUAAUUGUACCUUUUUGAUGAUGGUUGCAGUAGUUCUCCAAGUUUCAGCUCCGUACAGUAGAACUGCCUUGACGUUCGUAUUGAAGAUUCUGACUUCGAUAUUGGUUGGCAGUUGUUUUGAGUUCCAUAUAUUCUUCAAUAGUAGGAAUGCUGUCCUUGCUUUGCCAAUCCUCGCAUUUACGUCUGCAUCUGAGCCUCCUUGUCCAUCGACGACGCUUCCUAGGUAUUUGAAGGACUCUACAUCUUCCAGAGUUUCGCCAUCAAGAGUGAUUGGAUUGCUGUUCUCCGCUUUGAAUUUGAGAACCUUGGUUUUCCCCUUGUGUAUACUGAGGCCUACUGAUGCAGAGACUGCUGCUACACUGGCUGUCUUUAUCUGCAUCUGUUCGUGUGUACGUGAUAGGAGGGCUAGAUCAUCUGCAAAGUCCAAAUCGUCUAAUUGAUUCUAAGCUGUCCAUUGUAUUCCGUGUUUUCCCUCAGAUGUCGAGGUUUUCAUAAUCCAGUCGACCACCAGAAGAAAGAGAAAGGGAGAGAGUAAACAGUCUUGUCUGACUCCGGUCCUUACUUGGAAUGCAUCUGUCAGCUGUCCUUCAUGCACUACUUUGCACUGUAGUCCGUCGUAUGAGUCCCAGAUAAUGUUGACAUUCUUCUCAGGAACUCCGUAGUGUCGAAGAAGUUUCCAUAACGU